AAGAGCUCUAGACGUCUAGAGCGCUGCUCUUCACUACUGAUUUGUGGGCGGCGGGCCGACGCUGGACUGAGUGCAGUGCUGCCUGGCGGCGGCAUUUAGUACCAUAGAGUUCUAGCUAUUUGUUUAUUUUCUCUGGUUAUUUUGUAGUAUUUGGGGAUUUAAUUGACAUUUUAGUUGUUUUUGAGGUUAUUGACCCUAACAGUUGUUUGUUAAGCUUCGCUGACUUUCCUGGUGAAAUGGCAGAUGUCAGUGUAGCUUGUUCUCUGCGCCUUACGAGAUGGGGCCAGGUUUUGACUCUGAUCCCCUGGUAGGCUAAAUGAACUCGUGCAACUGAUGUAGAUUGGCACAAUCUCAGCCGCAGCCCCAACGGAGGGGGGGGGGGGUGGAGGCUCCCCCAGAAACCUAAUAUUUGGUAAGUGUUUGAUCUUUCAUUCUUGUUUUUUGUAUACUUGCCAGGAGGUGGAUAUGUCGGGUGGGGUGUUCACUCAGACUGUGCCCCGUGGCAAGGUUAUAGACUUCAGCUUACCUCUCUACGUCAGUGACCUGGCCAUUGGCUACAUGCGGCCCCAGCUGGAGCCAGACAUUGCUGGCUUUAUCAAACCCUUCACCCUCUUGGUGUGGUUACUACUGCUGGUGGCUGUGGGGACGGUGAUCAUCUGUAUAUGGUUCUUCCAGUACCAACACGCUAGGCUCAGCACCGUCCCGUCACGCCGUUGCGACCAGCUAUGUAGUGGAGGGGGAAGCGUGCCCCUGGGGGACGCUUCGGGGCCAGGUGACGACGCUCAGGGGCCAGGUGACGACGCUCAGGGGCCAGGUGACGACACUCCGGGGCCAGGUGACGACGCUGGAGGGCAGGCCUUCCUCUGGACCCUUGCAGCUACCUUGUCUCAGGGGUCAACAUGGUGGCCAGUGGCGGCGACAGUGCGCGUGCUGACCGGCACAUGGCUGUUGAUGGCGUUCGUCCUGGGCUCCGUAUACCGCUCCAACCUCAUGGCCAUGUUGACGCUGCCCAUCCUGCAGCUGCCCUUCAACAGCUUGGAGGAGCUGGUCCAGACUAACAUCAAAGUCUUCACGGUCCCCGAUAACUUCUUAGCAUCAGCCAUACAAGAGGCGAGGCCGGGAACGUUGCUCCAGCGCCUGCAGAAGCAACAAGUCAUCAACAAAGACAUCGAAGGCGCAAAGGUCAAGAUCACCUUGGGGCAGCUGGCUUUCUUCACUAAUCGGCCGACUUUAGAGGCAUUGAUAGAUACCAUCACUGCUAAGAGCAAGAAGUGUAGCCACUACAUCGCCAAGGGCAGCUACUUCGGCUCCUCCAGCCUGAGCCUGGCAUUCCCGAAGGGCUCUCCGCUCAAGCAGAAAAUCGAUCCUCUAGUGAGAGGCUUGAGGGACUUCGGCAUCCUGGAUUACUUGUACCGUAAAUCGCUGCCGUUCCUGACCAGGUGUGAGAAGGAAGACCCUGUGAAUGGCCUCCACAACCAGCUGCGGCCUCUUCAGCUCAACGAUUUCUACGGUGUCUUCAUAGUUUAUCUCGUAGGGAUGUUUCUGGGGUUAUUGGCCUUCCUGCUCGAGCUGGCUUGUCGCACACUCAUAGAGUGAACAUCCCUAUUGACCCUAAACACAUCCAACGCUACUGUUCUUAAACACUCACAACCCUACUGACCCUAACACACACAACCUUACUGACCCUUAACACACACAACCCUACUGACCCUUAACACACACAACCCUACUGACCCUUAACACACACAACCCUACUGACCCUUAACACACACAACCCUACUGACCCUUAACACACACAACCCUACUGACCCUUAACACACACAACCCUACUGACCCUUAACACACACAACCCUACUGACCCUUAACACACACAACCCUACUGACCCUUAACACACACAACCCUACUGACCCUUAACACACACAACCCUACUGACCCUUAACACACACAACCCUACUGACCCUUAACACACACAACCCUACUGACCCUUAACACACACAACCCUACUGACCCUUAACACACACAACCCUACUGACCCUUAACACACACAACCCUACUGACUCUUUAACACACAACCCUACUGACCCUAAACUGCUCGUGGUAUGCAGCCUUUCAGAUGUCGCAGCAGACCAGAUACCUUUAUAAUGAGUUCCUGUCCUGAUUGGUGUGCAGCAGACCUGCUAGUGUUCCUGUGUUCCCUGGUCUUCAUGACAAACAUUAAUAAAUACAAAAAGAAAGACGAAAGAGUAAGUUAUCGACAGAUGGUGAGAGCUCUGAGCUUAUAGUUAAGGUUGAUGGCAACUGUGUUUGAAUUAAUUGUAAAUUUAUUCAGUAAUACAAAGUGUUGAAAUUUAUAACUGAAGCUUAUAUUUAUAUUUAGCUUUCUAUAUGACUGGCAUUAUUGUAAUGUCUGAAAAAUAAUGUAUUCAUUAUAUAUAAAUAAUUUUCAUUGCCAAAGAACGACUUAACACUGUAAAAUCACAAAUACUCACUCAUUGAAGUCGCCAGAUUAUAAAGUAACAUAAGAUGUUGACCUAAUAACAUGUACAAC